AUGUCCUCUUUCUUUACGCUGCCGGCAUCCCAACGCAAGCGGAAGAGAGAUGAUGGUGUUGCUGCUCCUGCCUCAAAGAAGAGGGGAGCGUUAGCAAAAAGUGGCGGGAAGGGUACGCAAGAUGCUGGCCGGCGAGACACGAGAAACCAGAGAGAUGAGUCGAUAUCUGGAAGCGAGUCUGAUGGUGAUGACUUGCCCCAAAGUGAAAUCUCAAUUGAGGAGGAGGGUUCAGAGGAAGAGUCAGAAAACGAACCUGCCGCAGAUCGGAGGUUGAGACUCGCGGAGAGAUAUCUGGAAAAUAUAAGAGAGGAGGUUGAUGAGAUUGGCUUUGACGCUGCUGAAAUUGACCGGGACUUGAUUGCGGAGAGACUAAAAGAGGAUGUGGAUGAAUCGAAGGGCCGGAUAUAUCGACAAAUCAGCUCUCAGUUAUCUCUUUCCACAGCGUCACAUUCCUUUUUCCGUGCAGAUACGCAAAGUACCACUGCGAUUGCGGUACAUUCACCUUUCGUCUAUACAGUUUCCAAAGACAAGACCCUCAUAAAAUGGGAGCUAGCGACCCCAUACCCUAACCCCCCAACAGAGCAAAACGCUCAGAUAAAAAACGGAGAACCAACGAGAACCAAGCGGCCUCAACGGAAAAAACCAAAGAAGAUCAAAUCCGUUCGGGGGCUACAGCAAACCGACGAAGGGGGUGAGCCUCAGGGCCACAUCGGAAAUAUCCUCACAGUGGCCGUGUCUCCCUCAGGCGACUUUGUAGCAACUGGAGGCACAGACCGACGCAUAGUCAUAUGGGACUCGGCGACACUCACCCCUCUGAAAACCUUCAAUCAACACCGCGACUCCGUGAGCGGGCUAUCAUUCACGCGACGAAUCUCCUCAUCUAGCUCCGGCGAACAACUUUUCUCCUCCUCCUUCGAUCGCACCAUAAAAACAUGGUCGCUCAGCCCUGGCGCGCAUGCCUACGUAGAAACCCUAUUCGGUCACCAGGACCACGUCAUUGCCGUUGACUCCAUGGCGCUAGACCAGUGUGUCAGCGUUGGUGCCCGCGACCGCACCGCACGGUUAUGGAAGGUUGUUGACGAAACACAACUCGUCUUCCGGGGUGGCAACUCAAAGGGCAGCUCGUAUGUUGAGGGUUCAAUUGAUUGCGUGGCGGUAUUGCCGCCUGCACAUUUUGUCACCGGCUCAGACUCGGGAGCCAUCUCGCUCUGGUCGAUAUAUAAGAAGAAGCCACUCUACACGAUCCAUCAGGCCCACGGGGUCGACCCUGUACCACCCCUCGAUGAACUAUCGUCUGAGUUGGACCCUGUAGUUGCAAAGAACAAUACGCGGAACAUGUCGCCCAACCCCCGGUGGAUAACCGCUCUCACAACUCUGCCGGGAACAGAUAUUGUCCUAAGUGGAAGCUGGGACGGAUGGAUCCGCGCCUGGAAAAUUUCAGAGGAUAAGAGAAUGAUCAUUCCACUAGGACGAGUCGGCUGCCCAACUCAACCACCAUCACAACCCACCGUCAAUGGAACAGAUCUAAUCAGUAACGGUAAUGACAACAUGGACCUUGAAGUCCCUACAUCCACAUCUGAUGAACACGGUCCUCAUCCAAAUCCAUUCCUAAGGGGCAUUGUUAACGGAAUUGACGUAUUCGAACGAUCAGCUCCUGACAAUGCCCCAGCCAAUGCUUUCAAAAUGAAAUCGAAGAAGGGCAAAUCUAACUCCUCAUCCCAAAAAGACCUAAUCCAGGGGCAGGAGCAGAAAGGUAUCUGCAUCGUUGCCGCCAUGGGAAAAGAACAUCGACUUGGUCGGUGGAAGUAUCCUACCGACAAUGGUGAGAAUGGCAAAUGUGGUAAUGGAACUGGGCUGGGGGGAAGGAAUGGGGCAGUGGUGUUCGAGGUGCCUUUUUUGCGGAGAAGGGAGGAUGAGGGCGCCUGA